AUGGCCUUGUCCAGCAAGCAGGUAACGGCGCUGGCCUGGCAUAGCAUCGCGUUCGCAUCUUGCAUUUACGGCUUCAAGUCUGUGCACAUUCUGCCCGAUCUUCUCGGUGUCAGCAUGGCGGAUGAAUACGGAGGCUUCAUGCAAUUUUUGACGAUGUGCGGACUAGCUGGGACGACCGCCACUAUGAGUCUGGCGCUGGUGCUCGAUGUGAUCCAGGGGCCACAAGCACUUCUCUGGCUCAAGGACCUGCUGAUGGCUGCCUCGCUGCCAACGGAAACGCUCAUCACGGUGCUGUAUUGGUCGAUUGUAAUGAUCGACAAGAGCCUGUUGAUGCCACCGAAGCAGAUCAUGGACCCAGCAAAUCCGGGACAGGUACUGCGGGAAGAGCCGGUGGCGAUUCCGUUCUUGAUCGACGCAAGCAUGCACGCCUUUCCAGGCGUGUGGCUGCUGGUCGACUUUUUCGUCUUCAGUCGACGACUGCCCAAGUCGAUACCCAUAGUACCUCUCGCUGCAACUGUGACGGUCAGCUAUGCCCUAUGGGCCGAGAAGUGCGCCAAGAUGAACGGACACUAUCCUUAUCCCCUGCUGGACAUUCUGAGCACGGCGCCCCGCCUCGCGCUUUACGGCGCCUCUGGAGUCGUGGCCUGCGCUGUUGGUCUGACCGUGACCAAGCUACAGGCGAGCGUCAAAGGAUCAGAUGCUGCGAACGCGAAGAAGAGGAGAUGA